UUCCCCUAACCCCACCUCCACCCCCUCUCCUUUUCAAAUCAACCUUGCGUUGACCCCUCCGUUCAACCCAAAAACAAAACUGGAAAAUUGAAGAAACGAUCCUAACAAUUAGAAAUUGGAAUCACCCAGAAACAGAGAAGAACCCUUCUUUUUCUUCACUGCGAAUUCUCAGCUUUCUCUGCCUUCCCCUUUUUCAGGUGCAAAGCUCCAAUAACGUAACUGCCAUUCUUUUUAAUUUAAUUAUUGUUGCUUUACGUGCAAGCAUCUCCAAUUUUUUCCCGUCCUGGGAAAGAAGAAUACCACGUUAACACUUUUAGGGAAAUUCAAUCCAUGAUUCUUCUGUAAGAUUUGUCUCGGAAUAAACGUUGUUUGUUUGGGUAUUUGGGGGUAACAGGGGAGAGGAAGUUCGAAACUUUUUCUGCCCUGUAAUUUUGUUGAUUCCAUGGGUUAUGGGUUGUUAUUAGGCAAGUGGGGUUUUGAAAUUAUUGGUUUUUAUUAAUUUUGCUGUAAGUGGGAUUUUUUUGUUGUUGGGGUUUUGGCUAUUAUUAGUUGUCUAGGUCAGAUUUGAGAGGAAAAAAGUUAUUUUUUUUCGGGAUGUUCUACGGAAUGUCCCAGUGUGGAUUUGAGGGUUGAGUUCAUUUGAAAGUUUAGGAAUUGAUUGGUGUUUGGGUAAUUAAAUUAUUGGGGAGGCUGAGAUUUGUGAGUAGGGUUGAUUGAGGUUUUAUUUGAGUGAUGGAUGAAGCACAGGGUAGUUCAAGUUCCCUGCCUCCUUUCCUAGCAAAGACUUAUGAGAUGGUUGAUGAUUCUUCCUCGGAUUCGAUUGUUUCGUGGAGUGUAACUAGCAAGAGUUUCAUUGUGUGGAAUCCCCCAGAAUUUGCAAGGGAUUUGCUGCCUAGAUUCUUUAAGCACAACAACUUCUCAAGUUUCAUCAGGCAGCUGAACACAUAUGGAUUUAGGAAAAUAGACCCAGAACAAUGGGAAUUUGCUAAUGAUGAUUUUGUAAGAGGGCAACCUCAUCUUAUGAAGAAUAUCCAUAGACGGAAGCCAGUUCAUAGCCAUUCUUUGCAGAAUCUCCAAGCACAGGGCCCACUAGGGGAGUCAGAAAGGCAGAGUUUUACUGAUGAAAUAGAGAAGCUUAAACACGAUAAAGAACGACUUCUUGUGGAAUUACAGAGAUAUCAACAUGAGUGGCAAACAUAUGAGAUACAAGUACAUUGCUCGAAAGAUCGAUUGGAAAAAUUGGAACAAAAGCAAAGAAAGAUGGUUUCUUCUGUUUCUCAUGUAUUGCAGAAACCUGUGAUUGCUGUAAAUAUCUUGCCUCUGACAGAAACCAUGGAAAGGAAACGAAGGUUGCCGAAAAGCAGCUACUUUAAUGAUGAAGCUAGUAUUGAAGAUGCUGUUGAAACUUCCCAAAUGUUACCAAGAGAAAAUGCAGAGAAUACCUCUGUCUUGACAUUAAACAUGGAGCGAUUGGAUCAGCUUGAAACAUCUAUGGCGUUUUGGGAGGCUAUUGCACAUGAUUAUUGUGACACCCACGUUCCAGUUCAGUCAAACCUGGAUCUUGAUGAAUCUACAAGUUGUGCUGAUAGUCCAUCUAUAUCUUGUGAGCAAUUAGAUAUUGAGAAUCGGCCUAAGUCAUCUGGAAUUGACAUGAAUUCUGAGCCAACUGCAGCUGCUGUUCCUGAGCCUGUUGCAUCCAAAGAACAACCUGCGGGAACCACUGUUGCAGCAACUGGUGUUAAUGAUGUAUUCUGGGAACAGUUCUUGACAGAGGAUCCUGGUGCAUCAGAAACACAGGAAGUGCAGUCAGAAAGAAAGGAUUAUGAUGGCAGAAAGAAUGAAGGAAAACCCAGUGACCUUAACAAAUUUUGGUGGAACAUACGGACUGCAAAUAAUCUUCCAGAACAGAUGGGGCAUGUUGGUCAAGCAGAGAAAACUUAGUGGAAUUGCUUAUUCUUCUUAUUUGUAUUGUAGUGCCCUACAAUCACAUGUAAUAAAUAUAGGUAUGCACGGUUUUCUGUUUUUGUCUACAAUAAAUACAUAUUCCAUAAUUCCAUAUUUUGGGUGGGGUGAAUGUUUGCAUCCUCCAUUGAUUCUUUUUAGUUAAGUGUGCUGCUCUUUGGUCUCUUCUUAUUCUAUUAUGCCUGUACUGAACCGUGGUUUGGUUCAAGCUUUUAAAUAGUGGACCAUAUCAGGCAGCUUCAGUAACCGCAACACAUCAAUUUAGAACCUUGGUGUGGCUAUUUC